AUGUCGUUAGACCCGCCAACCUACCUCAGCUCUCUGCAGAAUAAUAUUCGUGCCAGGCCAAUUCCCUGGGACGGCGCUGUCCGUGCGGGCAACAUCACCGAUGACCACCUUAAGAAAAUCAAGGCUGUGGACAAGGUGCGAAAGGACCAGCGAAUUCAAACGGUAGAGGCAGAUCUGCCGGGGUACACAAGCUUGCUUGCGGGAGGUGAAAAGGGAAAAAGUGUAUUGGACUCGGCUUCGCGGAGGACCGACAUUGUUCAAUAUAUCUUGGUGUUGGCAUCGGACUUGAUCCAAGAUGUUCCUGCGCUGGCUGACUCCCUCGUCUCGCACCCCGAACCGUACAAGUCAUUCCUACCAUUCCUGCACCAUUCGACAAAUGCCGAAGAUCCCAUUCCCCUGCUCGCAUCUACUUUCCUUACGGCAUUAGUGUCGCACAGCCUGACCGCAUCAUCUAAACCCGCCGCCCGGGACCAAGAGGCUCUCCCGCAGCUAUAUGUCUAUCUUUCUACCUUGGCCAAGAACCAAGAUAGCGGCCUGCAGGAUAUCGGUGUACAAGGGUUUUCGGAGCUCCUCCGCAAGAAGAAUUCGCGCGAAAUCUUCUGGACACACCGAAAGGAAACUCUGGAUCCUCUGAUCCAGACCCUGCGCACCGCCGCGGGGACGAAGGAGAAUGGUGGCUCAUCUGGAAGCAGCACACGUGGCAUUGAGCCUGGCCUGGCAGGCGGAAUUGGUCUUCAGCUGCUUUACCGUGUACUUCUGGUAGUGUGGCAGCUCACAUUUGAAGGCGAGCUUGUCGGUGAGGAGCUGCAAGAGAACUACGAGAUUAUCCAACUCUACACUCAACUCCUCCGUCUCUCACCCAAGGAGAAGACGACCCGACUGCUCCUUGCCACCCUUUACAACCUCUUCUCCAACAACCGCACAACUCUCCUCCCCGUUGCUGUGUUUGUCCGACUACCCGCUCUCCUGACCAACCUCGCUGGGCGUCACCUUACGGACCCCGACCUCCUCGAAGAUCUUACUGGGCUCUCCACCAUGCUAGAUGAAUACACCAAGACACAGACUACCUUUGAUCAGUACGCCACCGAGGUCCAGUCUGGCCAUCUGCGCUGGUCGCCCCCGCAUAAGAACCCCACAUUCUGGAAGGACAAUGCGCGCCGGAUCCUGGAUGAAUCCAACGGGGCCCUGCCCAAGAAAUUGGCCGAGAUCCUAUCAAAGAGCUGGGAUAAUGACAAGCAAGUUCUUGCUAUUGCUUGUAACGAUGUGGGACACUUGGUCAAGGAGCUGCCGGAACGACGUACGCAGCUCGAGAGGCUGGGUCUGAAGGCGCGGGUGAUGGAAUUGAUGGCCGACAAGGACGAAUCAGUACGAUGGGAAAGUCUGCGGGCUGUUGGAGAAUGGCUCCGUUAUACCUUUGACGCAUGA